UCUCCGUGUCCCCAUUCCUCUCCGCAUCCUCAUCCCUCUCCGUGUCCCCAUCCCUCUCCGACUCCGUGUCCCCAUCCCUCUCCAUGUCCCCAUCCCUCUCCAUGUCCCCAUCCCGCUCCGUGUUCCCAUGCCUUUCCGUGUCCCCAUUCUUCUCCGUGUCCCCAUCCCUCUCCGUGUCCCCAUCCCUCUCCGUGUCCCCAUCCCUCUCCGUGUCCCCAUCCCGCUCCGUGUUCCCAUGCCUUUCCGUGUCCCCAUUCUUCUCCGUGUCCCCAUCCCUCUCCGUGUCCC